AAAUAAAAGCUACAUUAGCCUACGCACUGUAUGAGGAGUCCUACAUAUUCCAGCACGCUUUCAUCAUAGUUUGAAUACAAAUAAUUUACCCCAUAAAAUCCAAGAAAAUAUUUCAUUUAAUCUUGAUAAGGAAAUAUAAUGUCCUAAUGCUGGAAAUUACUGACAGGGACUUCCUCUUGUCGUUGUCAUUUAACAGAAAGAUGGCUGUGACGAGAAGAUAUCUUCCUUUUAUAUUCAUCACAAUUCUCUAUCAAGAUAUGAUUAAAGCCAUUGAGGUUAAACAAACUAAAUGCCAGAGAGUGGUACAUCGCGUAGCAGAAAGGACAAAUUAUAUGAAGUGUGGCUCUGAUGAAGUUAUCUACGUUAAGAACCAGGCUAUAACAUCAGGUUCUGUUUCUGUUGGUGACCAAGAAAAAUCAUGUGCUGCAAAUUUGGAAAAGGGGGUGUGUACCAGGUCCCUACCACUCGACAGCUCUAACAGUGAUGGGACGCCUUUUAUUGCUGCAACCAGCUGUAACUUAAAAAAUACAUGUGUUUUGAAUGAGAAUUUACUAAAAUACAAAACAUUUGACCUUUUCAAUGAAAGUUGCCGCAAUGAGACCAUACUAGAACACAACUGGACCAAGGAUUCUUUAUUCACUAGUUUUACUUAUUUUUGCGUACCAAAGAACCUUUUAUUCAAUUUAUUGGAAAGUAAUCGGAACACUAUAAAAACCUCCAGAGAAAUUCAUUUGGUCAUGGACGAUUUCUAUGGAAACAUUACAUGUGAAAUGAAGGGAACAAUACAUCUCUUAUCCAUACUGGAGCUGACAGAAGCCAAUCUGACUCUAUAUAGAGAUGGGGAAAAAUUAUACAGUAAUGGUAACAGAUGCGUAUACGGUACUAACAUCACCUUAAACAACGAUUUUAAUACCAAUAACACUCGAUACAUUAUUAAAAUACAUACAGAACUGGAGGGAAGAGUUUGGAUACAUCUCCAAGGACAUUUGGAAAUGGACUGCAGUAGGAAAUCAGAACUUAACACAUUGAAGACUGUUGAUACGGACAAAAAUCUUACUACAUUUAAUAUUAACAGGAAAACUGUACGAUCAAAAGGAAAAAUAUCCGUAGACCUCAAAUCCGACAACCGGAUGUUUCUCCUGCUUUUUAUUGGACUUGUGGUAGCCCUAACUAUUAUGAUCGGAAUAUAUCUAUUACAAAGAAGAAAAGACAAAGAGAAACUUAACGAGAUAACUCUUCAAACCGACAGAAUCUCAAUAAACUUCACGGAACAUGGUCAUGUCUCUGAGAUGGCAGCUGACAGAGCUACAGGCGAAGGAAAUAUUUACUCCGAAAUAUCCUCUACAAGAGAAAAUUUACUGCAUUCGGAGAAUGACACGCAAACUCAAGAUAUUAACUGAUAUCAAUGAAAUUGCAUUCAAAAAUGGUUUAAAUGCAAUUAAGAACAAAAAAUGAAACAGGAUCAAAU